AAUCUCUGGUGUAAUGUCGUAUAGGGUGGUAAAAUAUUGUCGUAAUUGAAAAUUCGCUCGUGAAAAAAUAUUUAACGACAUGGUUCGCAUUAAUGAUUAAUAAAAGUGUCAAGCGGAGUAGGGCGUCUAAAGGACGCAGGCGUCGGUGUUCCAGAGUCUGUCCGGUGUGAGUCCAGGCGUCGGCGUCGUCGUAGAUGUCGUAACCACAAAAUUGCGUUGGGCGAUAAUAAUGUCCGGUGAUAAAAGUCGCGAUGUGAUGUCUUAGUGGCCGCCACAAUGCGGAGCAGCAGCUCGGAACUGCUCCUGGACCAGCAAGAGGAGCUCCGUAAACGAAAAAUAAAGGAACUAGCGGCGGCCAAAAAGGCCAACAAGCAGGUCGGAGGUCGAUCAUGUCGCGAGCAGGCCCUGUUCUACUCCACCAGCCUCUUGGCGGUGAUGGCCAUGUCGGCGGGCUCUUCCCUGUUGUUCCUGGUGCCGCUGUACGUCGACCCCGCCAUCUCCACCCUCGCCUCCAACUUCGUCACCGAGCCGGUGACCUGCGUGACCACCCGGCGCGAGGACCUCACCGGCCUGGCCAACUGCUCCUGGAGCUCCUGCCGCGAGGGCUGCACCAGUGACGCAUAUCACUGCACCCAUAUCUACGUCAGCUACAACGACUCGGAGGCACACAACCAGACCGACGACGCGGUCCUGCUCGUCAACAUCAAGGGCUGCGGGUAUCCGCCGACCGUCCUCUGCGUCAACUUCACAGAGGCCUACGGCAACGAGGGGACCGUCUUUCCCUGCUACCAUUCGCGCGAGAACCGCACCGUCGUCUUGACGCACUACGAGAGAGAUGAACAGGUGGCGAUUAUUAUCCAUUAUUUUGCAGUGCCCUUUGUGAUUACGCUGGCCACCUCCGUGGCUCUCUGUGUUAUGCAUUGCGACUGCCGGUGUCAUCCAACGACUCAUCACAAACGCGCCAGACGACCACGAAUUCACGACUUGAGCGACGGCUCCAUUAGCAUAGGGGUUGACUUGAGACAUAACACCAGUUAUCACUCGGACCUGGUGGCAUUUAGGCCUACGUAAUUUUUUACCCAUCAGUUUAUCGUCAGGGGAGAGUCGACAGUAUCUCAGAGCAGCAUAUCGGAGACAUUUCCGACACAUUUGCCAGCUAUACUCAAAUACAAACCAAAUGCAUUCAAGUCUACUCUUUUAUCAUCUUCAACAAGACUAAUAUUGACUACUCUCCCCUAAGACUAUUAUUACAUCUUUGCGUUUUCCCUCAUUACUCAUCUAUCAUCCCUAAUCAAAAAUGUACGGGCUAUCGAAUGUUUCUUCACAUCGACGUCAGUUACCACAAAUAUAUCUAUACAUCUGCCUAACAUGCAAAAUUAUAUAAACAUUGUUUGUGUUAGACUAUGCUUUCAAAUACACUCCUUUAUAUAGUCAACUGUAAAUUUUAAUUAAACUAUUUUUAUAAAAAACACAGAUACCUACAAUAAGUACCUUUACUAUAAUUUUUGUAGUACCUAACUGAAAGUGUGUGACUUUUGUUAUCAAGAAAAUGUAUUAGAUGCUACCUACAGGUUUGAAGUUAAUUUUGUAUUAAAUUUUAUAUAAAAGUAUAUUUAUUAAUAA